AUGCUGAUCGAAGGAUUAAGGUGGCCAACCCCAUUGUGGAGAUGGACGGCGAUGAGAUGACCCGCAUCAUCUGGAGCUUCAUCAAGGAGAAGCUCAUCCUGCCCAACGUAGACGUCCAGCUGAAGUACUUCGACCUGGGGCUGCCCCAUCGGGACCAGACGGAGGACCAGGUCACCGUCGACUCCGCCCUGGCCACCCAGAAGUACAGCGUGGCCGUCAAGUGUGCCACCAUCACCCCUGACGAGGCCCGCGUGGAAGAGUUCAAGUUAAAGAAGAUGUGGAAGAGCCCGAAUGGCACGAUCAGGAACAUCCUGGGAGGGACAGUCUUCAGAGAGCCCAUCAUCUGCAAGAACAUUCCUCGCCUGGUCCCUGGCUGGACAAAACCCAUCACCAUUGGCAGGCAUGCCCACGGAGACCAGUAUAAAGCUACGGAUUUUGUGGUGGACAGGUCGGGGACGUUCACGCUGGUUUUCACCCCCAAGGAUGGCAGCGGAGUCAAGCAGUGGGAAGUCUAUAAUUUCCCCGGUGGAGGUGUCGGCAUGGGCAUGUACAACACGGACGAGUCCAUCUCGGGCUUUGCCCACAGCUGCUUCCAGUACGCCAUCCAGAAGAAGUGGCCCUUGUACAUGAGCACCAAGAACACCAUCCUCAAGGCUUACGACGGGCGCUUCAAGGACAUUUUCCAGGAGAUCUUUGAGAAGCACUACAGGACCGACUUCGACAAGCUCAGGAUCUGGUACGAGCACCGCCUCAUCGAUGACAUGGUGGCCCAGGUGCUGAAGUCGGCCGGCGGCUUCGUCUGGGCGUGCAAGAAUUACGAUGGCGACGUCCAGUCUGACAUCCUGGCCCAAGGAUUCGGCUCGCUGGGCCUCAUGACCUCUGUCCUCGUCUGCCCGGAUGGGAAGACCAUCGAAGCCGAGGCGGCCCACGGCACCGUCACGCGUCACUACCGGGAGCACCAGAAGGGCAACCCCACCAGCACGAACCCCAUAGCCAGCAUCUUUGCCUGGACGCGGGGCCUGGAGCACAGAGGCAAGCUGGACAGCAACCCAGACCUCGUCAAGUUUGCCCAGACCCUGGAGAGAGUCUGUGUGGAGACUGUGGAGAGCGGAGCGAUGACCAAGGACUUGGCCGGCUGCAUCCACGGAUUAAGCAAUGUGAAACUGAACGAGCAUUAUGUUAACACCACGGACUUCCUGGAUGCCAUAAAGAACAAUCUGGACAAAGCCCUGGGGAAACAGUAGGAGCGGAGGCGGCAAGGAGCGCUUUUGUGUGGAGGCCCCAAAUGACGGUGGCUCGCCUCCUUUUUAACUGAACCAGCCGCAGCUGUUCUGACGGCCCACCAGCAAAAGGUUUUUUUUUAAAUAAUCUUGUCUUCUGAAGGUUGGCCUUUAACCCCUUUUGGAAGGCCCGCGGGGGCCCAGGGUGCCCCCCUUGCUGCUGUGUCCGGCUCGUGGCGUGGCAUCUACACCUGCUAGGGAAGGAGAGUGACUGCCCGUCUGGGCCACGUGGAAUUCGCCCGAGCUAUUAAAGUGCAGCUUUCUGUG